AUGUCUCUAAACCAGUUAACAACAGCCACCCGGCUGUUUCGUCGUGAGGGUGAAUGGGACGGAGAAGAAAACUGUCUACAUGUCACGCCGGGUCCGAAUGGGAACGUGCCCCCAACAGCAUGUAAUGCCAAUUACAAUUUCGAUCCUCAGUUUGCCCCCGCGGUCGCCGUGGCGGUACUAUUCGGCACCCUAACCGCCAUGCACAUACUCGAGGCUAUCGUCUUCAAAAAGCAAAACACAGGCUAUGCGACGGCCUGGCAACUCCUGUUUUUGCUCGCGCCCCUGUGGAUCAACGCGUUUGUGUAUAUGACCUUUGCACGGAUGGUCUUGUACUGGCACCCAGAGGGCAAGAUUACGGGUCUAAAGGCGACUGUAAUAGCCCGGUGGUUUGUGCUCGCCGACGUGCUGAGUUUCAUCGUUCAGGGCGCUGGCGGCCUCAUGGCAACACCCAGCGCAAGUGCCGACGUCAUCCGGAUUGGGUUAAACAUCUACCUGGGCGGCUUGGGUCUCCAGGAAUUCUUCGUCCUUUUAUUUUGCGGCCUCAUGGUUUGUUUCCAAAGACAAUGCGGUCGGGGGAGGGAGUUCGACGGAAAGCCAAGCUGGAAGCCGCUGUUGUUGGGACUCUAUGCUGUUUUGGUUUGCAUUACCAUCCGCAUCAUAUUUAGGAUCGUCGAGUUCUCGGGGGGCCUUGGUGACAACAACCCAAUCCCCUUUCACGAGGAGUACGCUUACGUGCUCGACUGUUUCCCAAUGAUGCUCGCUCUUCUCGUCCUUGCUGUUAUCCACCCAGGCCGCUACCUCCGCGGUCCCCAGAGCGAGUUCAUCCGACUGUCGCGAAAGGAGAAGAAGGCUUUGAAGUUGCAGAAGAAGGCUGAACGGCGGGAAGAAAAAGAAGCCAAGAAACGAGCCAAGAAGCAUAAAAUGGCAGACAUGAGUAGAAGCGACGAUACCAGCUACGAAGCUUGA